UUCCCCUAAGAAGCCUAUUUUGCCUAAGUUGCCUAAGAAGCAAUCUACACCAUGUUUUUAAACAACCAAUGGACCAGAUUAAAUCCCUAAUAUUAAACUAGAUAAGUAAACAAUUAAAACGCGCGGGGGUAUUUUCGCCAUAAACAAAAAAAUAGUACUGGACAAAAAGGAAAGCAGUUAUUGACGAUUCAAAACAGUUCUUCUUCACUCUCUCUCAAAACUUCCCAAUGGCUAAGAAACGUCCCCUAAAAUCGACAAUAAGAGAGACGAAAAUCGAACAAACAACAACAAAAACAGCAUCAACGAUGGAUUCAGAGAGUUCUAAGAGAUCUACAAGAAGCCAGAAGCAUAAAGAAACAAAACCUGAUGACGAUUUCGAAGAGCUGUACAAUCCCAAACCACUACAAAUUGUACAACCAGGAGAACCAAUCCCUACUUUUGAUAAUGAACCUUUGCAUCCCAUUCCACUAAAAGUUGUAAGACCAACAAAAAAGGAAUAUUAUAUGAGUCCGAAAUUUUGGAAUGAAGUAGCAAUCUGGGGCCAAACUAUACCAAUCAUCCUACUUCUGGUGGUGAACCUUCAGAUCCCAUAA